AUGCAGCCUGCAGAGAUCCCGUUAACCUCAGAGCCUGUGGAACCACAGGAGUCUUUGACCAUUGAAAGCGCUGUUGCAGUUUCCUCCGAGCCACAGUCUGUCUCCCUUGUAAUCGACAGUACAAAACUGCAAGAAACGCAGCCGCAAGAAAUAACCUUCGAUAUUAUCUCAAUCGAAAAGAAACCCACUGAAACAACCUCAUUAGAAAUCACCCCAAAGAAAACUGAGACCUCAACUGUUGAGCUCAUUAAAGAGGUUAUACAGCCCAUGGAAUCGACAACUUUAGAAAUAGGCCCUAAAGAACCCACGUCUAAAGUUGCCACACUUGAGUUCAGCACAAAAGACAUGCCUGCUCCUUCUGUCCUUGAUGUUGAAAUCAAGGAACAGCCAUAUGAGACAACCACUUUAGAGCUUGCCCCACAUGAUCAGCUACAUACUGAGACAAUUACCCUUGAUUUGGAAGGGAAGCCCCAAGAGAUGCAGACAGUCACCUUUUCAGUUGACACCACUAAACCUCAGAAAGCGAAGCCGGUUGAAGUCCAGUUUGCUGUAUCUUCUGAGGAAGUAAAACCGACAAAAAGCAUAUCUGUUGAGUUUACCCCUGAACAGACUGAGCCGACCACCCUAACAUCAACCUCGACCGUGACCUUUGAUUUAGAAAGGAAACCUCAAGAGCCUCAGGAAGUGACUCUUGUUGUUGAUACCAUUCAACCACAAGAAACUCAACCAACUGAGGUUCAAUUUGAUAUAACUUCAGCUGAGAAGAGACCAGUGGAGACCACUAGUGUUGAAAUGACAACAACUUUGCAAGAAAUGCAGCCACAAGAAAUGACCUUUGAUAUAACCGCCACAAAAAAGACGCCUAUCGAGACAACAAGUAUGGAGGUUACCCCUAAACGGAAGGAGACAUCGACCCUUGAAUUGACUAAAGAAGUAAUCCAGCCAAUGGAAUCAACAACUCUUGAGAUUGGCCCCAAGGAACCAACAUCUGAGGUUGCCUCUAUCGAAUUUAUAACGGAGCAGAUCCCAAGCACUACGACUCUUGAUGUCAUGGUUGAAAAAAUGCCCCAUGAAACUGCUUCUUUGGAAAUUGCCCCUCAGCAGCAAUUUGAAACUUUAACUAUGGAUAUCCCGGAACAGGUUACCACCAAAAAGACAGUGAGAAAAACAGUUACCAAGAAGGAGGUCAAAAAGGAGGUCACUGAUGAUAAACCCACAGAGGUGACAACAGAGGUCACUACUUUUGAGAUACAACCAGAGGAACGUGGCUUUGAGGAGGCUAGUCUUACAUUUGAUGUGUCUACCAUGAAAACCAAACCAUCAACUGAAACUGUAGUUUCCAUGACCAUAGCGAAACCAGAAAAAGCUGACACUGUUUCUGAAGAGGUGACCUUUGUAACUACGGACAUCCUAGAGGAAACUGAUCAACCACAAUUUACUGUUUCUGAGCAAGCGGAAUUUUUCAUUGAAAUGCCAAAAAAAGAUGAUAAAAAGAAGACAAAGGUUGUAUCAACUGAAGAAACUGUAGAAUUUUUCAUCUCUGGUGAAGUAAAACCAACAGAAGAAGAAACUGCACCAUCAGAAAAGGUCAAAACGAAACUUGGUGUAUCUGACAAAAAGAAAAAACCAGAGUCAAAAGUUCAACCAACUGAAGAAACUGUUGAGGAGCUAAAACCUGGAGAGGUUAAACCAAAGGAAAAGAGAACUGCUCCAUCAGAAGAAGUGACUGUCGACCUGGACAUGCCUAAGAAGAAGAAGCAGGAGUUGCGAGUCAGGUUUGCAGAGGAGACUGUAAUGGCUGGUGAACCUGAGGAGCUGGGCCCAGAGGAAUUGGAGGAAGCCCCAUCUGAGGAGGUCACUCUGGAACUGGUUAUAUCUGAUAAGAAAAAGAAACCUGAAUCAAAAGUGAAGCCUACUGAGGAGACUGUCGAGCUGGUUUUGUCUGGGGAAGUGAAACCAAAGGAAUCAGAAGUUGCUCCAUCGCAGGAGGUCACACUUGAAUUUGGUGUUUCUGACAAGAAAAAGAAACCUCUGACAAAAGUCAAACCAACUGAGGAAACAGUGGAACACCUCAAACCAGGCGAAGUGAAACCACAGGAGGAAGAAGUUGCUCCAUCAGAGGAAGUCACACUUGAACUUGUUGUUUCUGACAAGAAAAAGAAACCUCUGACAAAGGUUAAACCAACUGAGGAAACAGUGGUACACCUCAAACCAGGCGAAGUGAAACCACAGGAGGAAGAAGUUGCUCCAUCAGAGGAAGUCACACUUGAACUUGUUGUUUCUGACAAGAAAAAGAAACCUCUGACAAAGGUUAAACCAACUGAGGAAACAGUGGAACACCUCAAACCAGGCGAAGUGAAACCACAGGAGGAAGAAGUUGCUCCAUCAGAGGAAGUCACACUUGAACUUGUUGUUUCUGACAAGAAAAAGAAACCUCUGACAAAGGUUAAAACAACUGAGGAAACAGUGGAACACCUCAAACCAGGCGAAGUGAAACCACAGGAGGAAGAAGUUGCUCCAUCAGAGGAGGUCACACUUGAACUUGUUGUUUCUGACAAGAAAAAGAAACCUCUUACAAAGGUUAAACCAACUGAGGAAACAGUGGAACACCUCAAACCAGGCGAGGUGAAACCACAGGAGGAAGAAGUUGCUCCAUCAGAGGAAGUCACACUUGAACUUGGUGUUUCUGACAAGAAAAAGAAACCUCUAACAAAGGUAAAACCAACUGAGGAAACAGUGGAACACCUCAAACCAGGCGAAGUGAAACCACAGGAGGAAGAAGUUGCUCCAUCAGAGGAAGUCACACUUGAACUUGUUGUUUCUGACAAGAAAAAGAAACCUCUGACAAAGGUUAAACCAUCUGAGGAAACAGUGGAACACCUCAAACCAGGCGAAGUGAAACCACAGGAGGAAGAAGUUGCUCCAUCAGAGGAAGUCACACUUGAACUUGUUGUUUCUGACAAGAAAAAGAAACCUCUGACAAAGGUUAAACCAACAGAGGAAACAGUGGAACACCUCAAACCAGGCGAAGUGAAACCACAGAAGGAAGAAGUUGCUCCAUCAGAGGAAGUCACACUUGAACUUGUUGUUUCUGACAAGAAAAAGAAACCUCUGACAAAGGUUAAACAAACCGAGGAAACAGUGGAACACCUCAAACCAGGCGAAGUGAAACCACAGGAGGAAGAAGUUGCUCCUUCACAGGAGGUCACACUUGAACUUGUUGUUUCUGACAAGAAAAAGAAACCUCUGACAAAGGUUAAACCAUCUGAGGAAACAGUGGAACACCUCAAACCAGGCGAAGUGAAACCACAGGAGGAAGAAGUUGCUCCAUCAGAGGAAGUCACACUUGAACUUGUUGUUUCUGACAAGAAGAAGAAACCUCUGACAAAGGUUAAACCAACUGAGGAAACAGUGGAACACCUCAAACCAGGCGAAGUGAAACCACAUGAGGAAGAAGUUGCUCCUUCACAGGAAGUCACACUUGAACUUGGUGUUUCUGACAAGAAAAAGAAACCUCUGACAAAGGUUAAACCAACUGAGGAAACAGUGGAACACCUCAAACCAGGCGAAGUGAAACCACAGGAGGAAGAAGUUGCUCCAUCAGAGGAAGUCACACUUGAACUUGUUGUUUCUGACAAGAAAAAGAAACCUCUAACAAAGGUAAAACCAACCGAGGAAACAGUGGAACACCUCAAACCAGGCGAAGUGAAACCACAGGAGGAAGAAGUUGCUCCUUCACAGGAAGUCACACUUGAACUUGUUGUUUCUGACAAGAAGAAGAAACCUCUGACAAAGGUAAAACCAACUGAGGAAACAGUGGAACACCUCAAACCAGGCGAAGUGAAACCACAGGAGGAAGAAGUUGCUCCAUCACAGGAGGUCACACUUGAACUUGGUGUUUCUGACAAGAAAAAGAAACCUCUGACAAAAGUCAAACCAACUGAGGAAACAGUGGAACACCUCAAACCAGGCGAGGUGAAACCACAGGAGGAGGAAGUUGCUCCAUCAGAGGAAGUCACACUUGAACUUGUUGUUUCUGACAAGAAAAAGAAACCUCUGACAAAGGUUAAACCAUCUGAGGAAACAGUGGAACACCUCAAACCAGGCGAAGUGAAACCACAGGAGGAAGAAGUUGCUCCAUCAGAGGAAGUCACACUUGAACUUAUUGUUUCUGACAAGAAAAAGAAACCUCUGACAAAGGUAAAACCAUCUGAGGAAACAGUGGAACACCUCAAACCAGGCGAAGUGAAACCACAGGAGGAAGAAGUUGCUCCAUCAGAGGAAGUCACACUUGAACUUGUUGUUUCUGACAAGAAAAAGAAACCUCUGACAAAGGUUAAACCAACUGAGGAAACAGUGGAACACCUCAAACCAGGCGAAGUGAAACCACAGAAGGAAGAAGUUGCUCCAUCAGAGGAAGUCACACUUGAACUUGUUGUUUCUGACAAGAAAAAGAAACCUCUGACAAAGGUUAAACCGACCGAGGAAUUAGUGGAACACCUCAAACCAGGCGAAGUGAAACCACAGGAGGAGGAAGUUGCUCCAUCAGAGGAAGUCACACUUGAACUUGUUGUUUCUGAUAAGAAAAAGAAACCUCUGACAAAGGUUAAACCAACUGAGGAAACAGUGGAACACCUCAAACCAGGCGAAGUGAAACCACAGGAGGAAGAAGUUGCUCCUUCACAGGAAGUCACACUUGAACUUGUUGUUUCUGACAAGAAAAAGAAACCUCUGACAAAGGUUAAACCAACUGAGGAAACAGUGGAACACCUCAAACCAGGCGAAGUGAAACCACAUGAGGAAGAAGUUGCUCCAUCAGAGGAAGUCACACUUGAACUUGUUGUUUCUGACAAGAAAAAGAAACCUCUUACAAAGGUUAAACCAACUGAGGAAACAGUGGAACACCUCAAACCAGGCGAAGUGAAACCACAGGAGGAAGAAGUUGCUCCAUCACAGGAAGUCACACUUGAACUUGGUGUUUCUGACAAGAAAAAGAAACCUCUUACAAAGGUUAAACCAACCGAGGAAACAGUGGAACACCUCAAACCAGGCGAAGUGAAACCACAGGAGGAAGAAGUUGCUCCAUCAGAGGAAGUCACACUUGAACUUGUUGUUUCUGAUAAGAAGAAAAAACCUUUGAGCAAGGUUAAACCAACUGAAGAAACCGUUGACGAAUUGGCUCCUGGGGAUGUCAUGCCACAAGAGGCCACAGUUGUUUCUUCUGAAGAUGUCACUCUUGAAUUGGCAGUUUCUGGGAAGAAAAAGAAACCUUCGACUCACAUUAAACCAACUGAGGAAACAGUACAGGAACUAAAACCAGAUCAACUUAAACCACAAGAGGAGAAAGUAGCCCCUUCAGAAGACGUAAAAGUGGAACUAGGAAUUUCUGAAAAGAAGAAGAAACCUUCCACUCAUAUUAAACCAACGGAGGAAACUGUUGAUGCAGCUAUUUCUGGCAGAGUUGAAAGCAGAAAGAAGAUCGAUACAGCACCAUCUGAGGAGGUCACUGUCACUUUAGACAUUUCUACUCAGAAGGAAAAGGCUGUAUCUGUAGACGUAACUGCCAAGCAACCAGAGGAGGUAUCUGCUGAAUUUGCAAUUGCUCAGGAGACAGCUUCUGAAGAGGUCUCUAUAGAUAUUGAACUCACUCCAAAGAAAAAGCCAGGUGCCAAAACCAAAGCAGAACUCAAGGGCAAACCUAAAAAAGAGGAAGCAGUUACAAUUGAUGUCGCGGCCCAGAGUGCUGAGGAAGUUUCAGCAGAAUUUGCUGUUGUUCAGGAGACGACUUCUGAGGAGGUUUCUGUUGAUAUUGAACUCACUCCUAAGAAAAAGCCGGCUGCCAAAACCAAAGCAGAACUCAAGGGCAAACCUAAAAAGGAGGAAUCAGUCACAAUUGAUGUCACGGCCCAGAGUGCUGAGGAAGUUUCAGCAGAAAUUGCUGUUGGUCAGGAGACAACAUCUGAAGAGGUUUCUGUUGAUAUUGAACUCACUCCAAAGAAAAAGCCAGUUGCCAAGACCAAAGCAGAACUCAAGGGCAAACCUAAAAAGGAGGAAGCAGUUACAAUUGAUGUCACAGCCCAGAGUGCUGAGGAAGUUUCUGCAGAAUUUGCUGUUGUUCAGGAGACAACAUCUGAUGAUGUUUCUGUUGAUAUUGAACUCACUCCAAAGAAAAAGCCGGCUGCCAAAACCAAAGCAGAACUCAAGGGCAAACCUAAAAAGGAGGAAGCAGUUACAAUUGAUGUCACAGCCCAGAGUGCUGAGGAAGUUUCUGCAGAAUUUGCUGUUGUUCAGGAGACAACAUCUGAGGAUGUUUCUGUUGAUAUUGAACUCACUCCAGAGAAAAAGCCGGCUGCCAAAACCAAAGCAGAACUCAAGGGCAAACCUAAAAAGGAGGAAUCAGUCACAAUUGAUGUCACGGCCCAGAGUGCUGAGGAAGUUUCAGCAGAAAUUGCUGUUGUUCAGGAGACAACAUCUGAGGAUGUUUCUGUUGAUAUUGAACUCACUCCAAAGAAAAAGCCGGCUGCCAAAACCAAAGCAGAACUCAAGGGCAAACCUAAAAAGGAGGAAUCAGUCACAAUUGAUGUCACGGCCCAGAGUGCUGAGGAAGUUUCAGCAGAAAUGGCUGUUGUUCAGGAGACAACAUCUGAGGAUGUUUCUGUUGAUAUUGAACUCACUCCAAAGAAAAAGCCGGCUGCCAAAACCAAAGCAGAACUCAAGGGCAAACCUAAAAAGGAGGAAACAGUUACAAUUGAUGUCACGGCCCAGAGUGCUGAGGAAGUUUCAGCAGAAUUUGCUGUUGUUCAGGAGACAACAUCUGAGGAUGUUUCUGUUGAUAUUGAACUCACUCCAAAGAAAAAGCCGGCUGCCAAAACCAAAGCAGAACUCAAGGGCAAACCUCAAAAGGAGGAAUCAGUCACAAUUGAUGUCACGGCCCAGAGUGCUGAGGAAGUUUCAGCAGAAAUUGAUGUUGUUCAGGAGACAACAUCUGAGGAUGUUUCUGUUGAUAUUGAACUCACUCCAAAGAAAAAGCCGGCUGCCAAAACCAAAGCAGAACUCAAGGGCAAACCUAAAAUGGAGGAAACAGUUACAAUUGAUGUCACGGCCCAGAGUGCUGAGGAAGUUUCAGCAGAAUUUGCUGUUGUUCAGGAGACAACAUCUGAGGAUGUUUCUGUUGAUAUUGAACUCACUCCAAAGAAAAAGCCGGCUGCCAAAACCAAAGCAGAACUCAAGGGCAAACCUAAAAAGGAGGAAUCAGUCACAAUUGAUGUCACGGCCCAGAGUGCUGAGGAAGUUUCAGCAGAAAUUGCUGUUGUUCAGGAGACAACAUCUGAGGAUGUUUCUGUUGAUAUUGAACUCACUCCAAGGAAAAAGCCAGAUACCAAAACCAAAGCAGAACUCAAAGGGAAACCACAGAAGGAGGAAGCAGUUACAACUGAUGUCACGGCUCUGAGAUCAGAGGAAGUUAGUGUCGAUUUUGCAAUGGUGCAUGAGGCUCCCACUGUUGAGGCAGAAUUGGAGGUUACCAAGAAGAAAAAGCCAAAGGUCAAGAGUGAAAUAGAGGUUGAAGCAGUGGGUGAUCGGGUUCCUAAGGUUGAAGAUGUCGAGGCUGAUUUCACUAUCGAUAUAUCCCGCACUGAUAUGCAGGCUGUGGCUCAGCCCGAUAGCGCUGCAAGCGUUACCUUGGAUCUCCGCCAAGAGGUUGAACCUAUAGACGCCAGCGUGGAUACCAGACACAAAGAAAAACCUGAGGAGAAAAAGUCACUGCUUGAAAUCACAACUCGAGUUCAGGAGAAACCUAAAGAGGAGGGCGCUAUCACAAUCGAUGUCACAGCCCAGAGACCAGUAAAAGUGUCUGCAGAAUUUGCAGUCCUUCAGGAAACGGAUGAGAUCACUUUUGACGUCGAAUCCAAUCUAAAGAAAAAGCCUGAUGUCAAAGUGAAGACUGACAUGAAAGGCAAACCUAAAAAGGAGGAAGCUGUUACUAUUGAUGUCACUGCUCAGAGGCCAGAGGACGUUUCAGCAGAAGUAGCAGUCAUUCAAGAAACACCAUCAGAAGACGUCUCUGUUGAGCUUGAAGCCACUCGGAAGAAGAAGCCUGAUGCUAAAGUCAAAGUUGACAUGAAAGGCAAACCAAAAAUGGAGGAAGCUGUCACUAUUGAUGUCACUGCUCAGAGGCCAGAGGAAGUUUCUGCAGACAUUGUUGUUCUUCAGGAAACCCCAACUGAUGGAGUGACCAUGGACCUUGAAAUUACUCAAAAGAAAAAGCCUGAUGUAAAGGUCAAAGCAGACUUGAAAGGCAAACCUAAAAAGGAGGAAGCCACCACUGUUGAUGUCACUGCUCAGAGGCCAGAGGAAGAUUCUGCGGAGUUGGCAGUUGUUCAGGACACAACUAUUGAAGAUGUCUCUGUGGAUAUUGAAGUCACAAAGAAGAAAAAGCCCGAUGCUAAACUCAAAGUUGACAUGAAAGGCAAACCUAAAAAGGACGAAGCUGUUACUAUUGAUGUCACCGCUCAGAGGCCAGAGGAGGUUUCAGUAGAGUUGGCAGUUGUUGAGGAGGCUUCAUUAGAAGAUGUCUCUGUUGCUCUUGAAGUCACAAAGAAGAAAAAGCCUGAUGCUAAGGUCAAAGUAGACUUGAAAGGCAAACCUAAAAAGGACGAAGCUGUUACUAUUGAUAUCACUGCUCAGAGGCCAGAGGAAGUUUCUGCGGAGUUGGUAGUUGUUGAGGAAGCUCCAUCUGAAGAUGUCUCUGUUGCUAUUGAAGUCACAAAGAAGAAAAAGCCUGAUGCUAAGGUCAAAGUAGACUUGAAAGGCAAACCUAAAAAGGACGAAGCUGUUACUAUUGAUGUCACUGCUCAGAGGCCAGAGGAAGUUUCUGCAGAGUUGGCAGUUGUUGAGGAAGCUCCAUCUGAAGAUGUCUCUGUUGCUCUUGAAGUCACAAAGAAGAAAAAGCCUGAUGCUAAAGUCAAAACGGACAUGAAAGGCAAACCUAAAAAGGACGAAGCUGUUACUAUUGAUAUCACUGCUCAGAGGCCAGAGGAAGUUUCUGCGGAGUUGGUAGUUGUUGAGGAAGCUCCAUCUGAAGAUGUCUCUGUUGCUGUUGAAGUCACAAAGAAGAAAAAGCCUGAUGCUAAGGUCAAAGUAGACUUGAAAGGAAAACCUAAAAAGGAGGAAGCUGUUACUAUUGAUGUCACUGCUCAGAGGCCAGAGGAAGUUUCUGCGGAGUUGGUAGUUGUUGAGGAAGCUCCAUCUGAAGAUGUCUCUGUUGCUCUUGAAGUCACAAAGAAGAAAAAGCCUGAUGCUAAGGUCAAAGUAGACUUGAAAGGUAAACCUAAAAAGGACGAAGCUGUUACUAUUGAUGUCACUGCUCAGAGGCCAGAGGAAGUUUCUGCAGAGUUGGCAGUUGUUGAGGAAGCUCCAUCUGAAGAUGUCUCUGUUGCUCUUGAAGUCACAAAGAAGAAAAAGCCUGAUGCUAAGGUCAAAGUAGACUUGAAAGGCAAACCUAAAAAGGACGAAGCUGUUACUAUUGAUAUCACUGCUCAGAGGCCAGAGGAAGUUCCUGCGGAGUUGGUAGUUGUUGAGGAAGCUCCAUCUGAAGAUGUCUCUGUUGAUCUUGAAGUCACAAAGAAGAAAAAGCCUGAUGCUAAGGUCAAAGUAGACUUGAAAGGGAAACCUAAAAAGGACGAAGCUGUUACUAUUGAUGUCACUGCUCAGAGGCCAGAGGAGGUUUCAGUAGAGUUGGCAGUUGUUGAGGAAGCUCCAUCUGAAGAUGUCUCUGUUGCUCUUGAAGUCACAAAGAAGAAAAAGCCUGAUGCUAAGGUCAAAGUAGACUUGAAAGGCAAACCUAAAAAGGACGAAGCUGUUACUAUUGAUGUCACUGCCCAGAGGCCAGAGGAGGUUUCAGUAGAGUUGGCAGUUGUUGAGGAGGCUUCCUUAGAAGAUGUCUCUGUUGAUCUUGAAGUCACAAAGAAGAAAAAGCCUGAUGCUAAAGUCAAAACGGACAUGAAAGGCAAACCUAAAAAGGACGAAGCUGUUACUAUUGAUGUCACUGCUCAGAGGCCAGAGGAAGUUUCUGCGGAGUUGGUAGUUGUUGAGGAAGCUCCAUCUGAAGAUGUCUCUGUUGCUGUUGAAGUCACAAAGAAGAAAAAGCCUGAUGCUAAGGUCAAAGUAGACUUGAAAGGAAAACCUAAAAAGGAGGAAGCUGUUACUAUUGAUGUCACUGCUCAGAGGCCAGAGGAAGUUUCUGCGGAGUUGGUAGUUGUUGAGGAAGCUCCAUCUGAAGAUGUCUCUGUUGCUCUUGAAGUCACAAAGAAGAAAAAGCAAGAUGCUAAGGUCAAAGUAGACUUGAAAGGCAAACCUAAAAAGGACGAAGCUGUUACUAUUGAUGUCACUGCCCAGAGGCCAGAGGAGGUUUCAGUAGAGUUGGCAGUUGUUGAGGAGGCUUCCUUAGAAGAUGUCUCUGUUGAUCUUGAAGUCACAAAGAAGAAAAAGCCUGAUGCUAAAGUCAAAACGGACAUGAAAGGCAAACCUAAAAAGGACGAAGCUGUUACUAUUGAUGUCACUGCCCAGAGGCCAGAGGAGGUUUCUGCGGAGUUGGUAGUUGUUGAGGAAGCUCCAUCUGAAGAUGUCUCUGUUGCUCUUGAAGUCACAAAGAAGAAAAAGCCUGAUGCUAAGGUCAAAGUAGACUUGAAAGGCAAACCUAAAAAGGACGAAGCUGUUACUAUUGAUGUCACUGCUCAGAGGCCAGAGGAAGUUUCUGCGGAGUUGGUGGUUGUUGAGGAAGCUCCAUCUGAAGAUGUCUCUGUUGCUCUUGAAGUCACAAAGAAGAAAAAGCCUGAUGCUAAGGUCAAAGUAGACUUGAAAGGCAAACCUAAAAAGGACGAAGCUGUUACUAUUGAUGUCACUGCUCAGAGGCCAGAGGAAGUUUCUGCGGAGUUGGCAGUUGUUGAGGAAGCUCCAUCUGAAGAUGUCUCUGUUGAUCUUGAAGUCACAAAGAAGAAAAAGCCUGAUGCUAAGGUCAAAGUAGACUUGAAAGGCAAACCUAAAAAGGACGAAGCUGUUACUAUUGAUGUCACUGCUCAGAGGCCGGAGGAAGUUUCUGCGGAGUUGGCAGUUGUUGAGGAAGCUCCAUCUGAAGAUGUCUCUGUUGCUCUUGAAGUCACUCAAAAGAAAAAGCCUGAUGCCAAAACCAAGGCAGAACUCAAGGACAAAUCAAAGAAGGUUGAAGCAACGGACGCUGCUCUGAAGGUGUCUGCUGAUCAGAAAGCGGAGGGGGCUGUUGCAGUGGAUGCCAGACGUAAAGGUAUUCUGCAUGUUCUAAUACAGAACUAG